AUGGUCAUCGAACAUAUUCGAACAGGUCAUAUCAUGGGAACCGCGCAGCACUUAUUCAUCGCUAUUUACCGUGUCUCGGGCCUCGCUCAAAAGCUGGCUUCUGGAAACCCCGAAGAGGCAGCUACUGCCAUAUCAGAGCUGAGGUCACUGGAAGAAGAGCUUGCAUCCAAGUAUACAAGACCAGACUUGAGUCACAACAUGAAAAUCGAAGACCUUAACGACGCCGUGACAUCAGAAUUAUACUGCCUAGCAUGUCAGAUUCAUAUAAAGAAACUCCUUACCUCGUCUGCGCCCGAUGAAGAGUCCGCAACAUUCUACUUGGUCGAGGAUUUCAUCAAUCAAUUACGGCUUUUACCUUCAAACUCGCCGUCACAUAGCAUUCUGAGCUGGCCAUUGGUUGUGGCUGGAUUUUCAGCGACAACCAGCAGACAACAGCGGAUAAUCGUCGCGAAAUUGGGUCAGAUACACGAGGUGUGGCAAUCUGAUAUAUUCUCCAAGGGUGCGGCAUAUCUUCAAGAGAAAUGGCGCAGCGACAAACACUUGAAUCAUUCAAGAUCAAGUUGCCAUUCAGACACUUCCAGAUCUCGGCAGGCAUCUGGUGAGAUUGGAUCGAUCUGGAAGAAAUGCCCGGUCAUCUUGGCUUGA